UACAGUGUUUCCAGCAUGUUUCACAUGUAGUGUUUGUAACACUGAUGUAUCAUGUCAGUAAAUGCAGAAACUCUCUGGAAUGAAACAUUAAAGCACCGCGCGACUGUGGAGGACAGAAGACCGCGGGAAACUUCGCUUAUUUGGAGCGAGACAGAAUCGAACUUUAGGUUUAAUAUCCAUGGAACUUCUUUUUAAUUGAGGUGGAACGUUCAAGAGUUCUGAAUUCGGUUUGUGGUUAAACCAAGCGUGCUUUUCUGAACAUCAGUGGCGGGUAAAUAAAGUUUUAAAGCGCCGCGGGAUACACUGUAACAUUGACGCAACUCUAGAGACGAUACAUCGGGUUUGGGUUUUAUUAUUGACUCCUUUCAGUCAUUUGUAGUGAUUUCUAAAGUACUUUUGAGGAUUUUUUUGAAGUAUUUGUUUAGAGGAUACUUGUUGCAACUCUGAAUAAAACAAUAAGACAAUAGAUGGAGUGACAUCUUCAUUUUAUCAUCAGUCAAGUGCCUCAAAUAGGUGGGGUGUGUGUGAUGUUAUGUGAGUGUUUACCAUGGUACAGAAGAGACUCUGGCUUCUGAAUGUCACCGUCGCUGCCGCCCUCUGUCUUCUGCGUCCCUCUCUGAGUGCUGAAUCAGUGGUCCAGGGAAGGGUCGGGGGUUUUGCCGAGCUGGGUUGCAGCCUGACACCGCCAUCUGAAGGGACCACCUCCCCGAAUCUCUUCCCCUUGCAUGUGGUGGAGUGGGUCCGGUUGGGAUACAACGUCCCCAUCCUCAUUAAAUUCGGCGGAUACACACCACGAGUGCAUCCAAACUACAGAGGUCGUGUGUCUUUGAGUCGUGGAGCAUCUCUUCUGGUUGAUAAAUUGACUCUGGAGGAUGAGGGCUGGUUUGAGUGUCGGAUUCUCCUACUGGACAGAACCACAGAUGAGUUCCAGAAUGGCACCUGGAAUUUCCUUUCCAUCUCCGUUCCUCCGGUAUUCGUGAAGACACCACCUGCCUUUCUGGAGGUCCUGUUGGGUGAAUCUCUCACACUUCACUGUGAAGCUCAUGGAAACCCCAAACCCAUCAUCACCUGGAGAAAAGAUGGAGCUACAGAUAAGAAACAUGAUACAAUUCAGGUACUCAAUGAAACCUUGUUAUUAAGCAAGGUUACCAGGGAAACGUCAGGAAUGUACAAGUGUCACGUGUCAAACCAAGAGGGGAACCUCUCCCACACCACCCAGCUGCAGGUCAAAGGUCCUCCAAUUAUCAUCAUUUCCCCCGAGGACACCACCAUGAACAUGUCCCAGGAUGCAGUUCUGCAAUGCCAAGCGGAGGCGUACCCUUCUAACCUCACAUAUGAGUGGUGGAAACAAGAACAAAACGUGCAUCACAUCGAAACUCUGAAAUCGCGGGUGAAAAUCUUGGUGGAUGGGACGCUCCUCAUAUCAGGUGUUAUUCCUGAAGAUUCUGGAAAUUAUACUUGCACUCCCACCAAUGGUCUGAUGACUCCUCCCUCUGCAUCUGCCUACCUCAAAGUUAAACAUCCUGCACGAGUGGUCCGGAUGCCCCGUGAGACUUAUCUGCCUGCAGGCAUGAGGGGAACCAUCAUAUGCCCAGUUCAAGCUGAGCCACCAAUGCUGUAUGUUAACUGGACCAAAGAUGGGGCCUCCUUAGACCUGGAGCAGUAUCCAGGAUGGAUGGUCAACUCGGAGGGCUCUGUGUUUAUAACCACAGCCAAUGAUGAUGCUGUGGGCAUGUACACAUGUACAGCCUAUAACAGUUACGGGACCAUGGGUCAAUCAAAUCCAACCAAAGUUAUUCUGAAGGACCCGCCCUCGUUCCGUGUCUCACCCCGUGCCGAGUAUCUACAGGAAGUGGGCAGGGAGCUGGUGAUACCCUGUCAAUCUCAGGGAGACCCCGCCCCUAACAUCACAUGGACAAAGCUCGGUCCCGCCCCUCGCUCUCCAUUUACAGUCCUAUCCAAUGGCUCUCUGGUACUGCAUCCUCUCAGUAAAGACCACCAGGGGGCGUGGGAGUGUCUUGCCACAAACCGUGUGGCCACUGUCAGCGUUGGAACCAUGGUGUUAGUGCUAGGCACAAGUCCUCAUGCUGUUACCUCUGUAUCUGUGGAUCCAGGGAUGAAUCAGGCCAAUGUGUCCUGGGAGCCAGGCUUUGAUGGAGGAUACACACAGAAAUUCACUGUCUGGGUAAAACCCACUGUGAGAGGCAAACAUGAAUGGGCAUCAAUCCCUGUACCAACAUCCAAAACGUCCCUGCUGGUGACGGGUCUGCAAGCAGCCACUAGUUACCAGUUCAGUGUUCUUUCCCAAAACAAGCUGGGCUCUGGACCUUUCAGUGAGAUCGUCACCAUUAGGACUCUUGCAGGUCCUCCAACUGAAGUGCCUACUGUGGUGACCACAAUCGCAAAAUUUUCCCCUCCAACCUCCCUAUCAGCCAAUCGCACCUCAGCGGGUGUACUGCUGCAAUGGUUGCCACCUCCAGAAGAGUUUCCACCAAUCACAGCCAUUGUCCUUCAAGCGAGGCGGGAAAAGGGGGAAUGGGUCACUCUAUAUAGAGCGAUCACUGUCAACGCAACCGAACUGAUAGUUCAGGGACUUUUCCAGGACUCCAACUAUGAGCUGCGUCUUCUGUCUCGCAGAGACAAACUGGUCAGUGCGCCCAGUGAAUCAGUCGUCAUCUCCACUGAAGGUAUGGAGAUUUAUCCAGCACCUCCCAGCCUCCUGGCUAACGUCCCUGAACCCCUGUUGGCUGGCGUGAUUGGAGGCGUUUGUUUCCUGUUUGUAGCCAUCAUACUCUCUUUGGUGGCCACUUGCAUAAUGAACCAUAAAAGGGAACGACACAGAAUAAAGAGGCGUGAUGAUACUCCCUCUGCCUUCCAGAAGAGUUCAUCUCUGCAAGCUUGCUCGCCUUCUGACAGCCCCGACAGUGUGCUGAAAUUAAAGCUGUGCUCUCCACUAAACUUCUUCCCCAACUCGUCCUCUUCUGAUCGUUCAGACCGAUCCUCAUUUGAUAAGGGCAGCCGAAGAGAGUACCAGGAUCAGAGAAAGCAGCUUCUCUCCUCGUCCUCUCCACCACCACACUAUACUCAGUUUGAGAGCCACUUUGGGGGCACUCCAUCACCCACAUCUGCUAUUGAGUCCAUAUCCAGAGGUCCUGAUGGCCGCUUCAUUAUCCAACCCUCUCUAGAAGACUCCACUCAAACCCACAUCACGAAGAACCUUAGAAAAGAAUUUCCACAAUCCCUUGGUAAAGGCAAAGGUGGUGAGAGUAACAAUGGGUAUUUUAAGCAGUCCACUAAAUCCAAUUCUGAAAGUUUAGAGAGGGAUGGACAGAGAGAGUCACCCUCAGCAUUGACGGUGCACCCUCCCGAUCCAGAGAGACCCCCUCACUCUCCAGGCAGGGUGAAGUCAAUGGCCAGAAACUUCUCCCGCCAUGGUUGCUUCUACUCAGAUGAGGAACAGGGCUGCUCUGAGGCCUUACUGGAAAGAGCCAGCUUUAAUUCUGAAAGCAGCGAAAAGAGGGCAAGAGGCUCUCUAAAGAAAUACCAGAGUGUCAGCGAUAGGGAAGAUAUAUUCCCAAGCUUGACUAGGAGGGCCCGAGCCCUAGAGAGAGAGAGGUUGCUCCAUCAGGCAGGUUUCCAAUCCACAAAUGGAGAAAGCCAGCUGACAGAGCCCAGCACUAUGGUUUCUCAUCUGGAUAAUGAACAAGAGAGUGACAACUUGAGCAAAUGCCUGAGGCUGGUGAAGAAACGUGAGCUAAUAGAGAGGGAGCUUGAGCACUAUUCGGCUAGCCAAAGAGCACAGGCACAUGAUCGAGAACAAAGACGCUCCAAGUCUGCAAGCCCCUUAAGAAAGUGGACAGGUGUUGAGUCUGAGGACCCUGUUUGGAAGCCUCAAGACAUUCAAUUACGGCAUAAAACUCGACCCAGCAGCCUAGCCCAGCAUGUAUCAGACUAUAGGAGGGGCUGUUAUUUUAGCAACACAAGCAGUCCUAUGGAGAGACUGCUCCCUUCUUCUUCCUCAUACAUUCAAUGGGACAUAAGCCCUGUGACAUCCCCAACCAGCCUGGUGCCAGUCCAGAGACUCUCAGAAGGGAGCACACCCCAUUCCCUGUACCCUCAUACACAUCAACAAAACCUUGCCAAAGUAGAUGACUCAUUGGCACUAGAGUUCACCAAUGUCUCGUGUUCACCAGCAACACAAAACACCUCUCUCACAUCUCCAACCAGGGACAGCCCUUCUCCCAGUAGGACCAACAUGAGUGGGGUACAGGCUAGACUCCUGGAGAUACCCCAGAAAAAUGAAAAGGAAUUGCCCAAUAGGACUUUAGUUGAAGAGGGUUGGAUGCAAGAGAGAAAUGUGGAAGCAGAUGCUCCAGCAUUUAGAUCAGCAUCUCCUGCUCCCUUGAGUUCUCAACACAUUGUUCAAGACACCAGUUCUAGCCCAUAUCACCUUAAUCCCAGCACUCAACGUGUUACAGACACAGAGGAGGUAAGGGUGAAUCACAGAGUCAGUCUGAGCCAUAGUCCCUCAGGCUGCUCUACAUUGCCCUAUGAUCAUCAGAAAGCAGGCACAAAGAAAAAUGGGAUAGUAAGUGAAGAGCCCAGCUCCCUACUUUCAUACAGUGAGCAAGAGAAAGAGGGUAUCAGGGCUCGAUCCCGAAAGAGUGACAAAUGUGUCUUCAGUGACAGCCCUAGUCGUGUAUCCCCCUUGACCUUGUUUGAAAAUGAGGCUGAGAGUGAUCAGUCAAAUUUCUCCAGAAUGUCUGAAUCAAUGAAUGUCAAGCUUGCUCCUCAAUCCGUCAGGAUGUCCCCGCUGCUGACCAGCACCAUCUUGGAAUACUUAAGUCUUCCGGGUUUUAUUGAGAUGAGUGUAGAUGAUCCUGUAGAAGUGACUGAGCCUUCAGAAUCUGUUUUGCCCAGUGCUAAGUUAGAUACUGGGACACUUUCAAGAGUUGAGCCUGACAUUGUACCCAAAAGUUGGGAAAAACAUGGCCAGGACCACACUGAGGCGAAGGCUUGUCACAGUGGGGGCACCCCAAUCGUUCCUAUGGUAGAUCAGAAACCUGAAUGUAUUCCACAUUCUGGACCCUGUUCACAAUUAGAAACAAGAGAUGCAUGUGUUACAUCAGUCCCAUCAGACACCAGCAAUAAACUCUUCUCAGCACAUAAAGAGAAGGAACAGAGUUCUGAGCCUUUGCUUUUUCAGAGGAGUCCAGGGUCACAAAAGCAAGAAUAUACUCUGUGUAGUCCAGCACAGACAUUAGUAAGCACAGCUAAAAGUGUUGCAGCAAUAGUCUCCAAAAGUCAUAUCCAUGCUGAAAAGAUUCAAGACUUUACAUCUCAAAGAGAUCAAUCACACGGUGAAAGGACAAAAAAGAUAUCCUCACAGAUCUAUCAAGCCCCCAUGCCUUUCAUGAAGAAAUCAGUUAGCAUUGGUCCUUGUAGGAUGCUUUCUGGAGUUGGGCAGCCUCGUCCUUUACUUAAGAAAUCUAUUAGUUUUGGUUGUCAGAAAUGGGAUCAUAAUGAAAGACCAAAAACGUAUAUCUCUGAGACCUGUAACAGAGACGAGAUUCCCCAUCCAGAUAAAAGGGUCAACUCAUAUAGCUUGGGUCGUACCCCUGCACGUUACUCUCCAAUGUCAGGCCCAUCAUGGCGAGGGUCAGUGCCCUUUCAACCACCUACCAGUUAUAGUCUAGAGAAAUGUUGCCACAUUCACAGACCUCCCUUGAGUACCUACUACCAUACACCUGGCCCCCCAGUCCCAGAGCUAUCAAGAUGGAUGGAAUCAUCUCUUCCUCGUAGACGAGAGUCAGAUCCACGUCGACAGGCAGCCAUCUUCCCAGACUCCUCGAGGUGGCCUCUGUCCUAUCAGGAUACACUCAGGUCCCUUCAGCAUAAGUAUGUCCCACAAGACCCUUCUCAACCUUUUGGUCCAACCAGAUCUGUGGCCAGGGGGGACUUUCUGCAUCCUGCAGAACCUAGAAGGGGUCCACAAAGGCCGUUCCUCCCCAGGGGUUACAGCUGGCCUUCACCAUAUCAUACAGUCUUUCCUCUACGAGAGCGGGACUUUUCGAGAGAAUUGGACAAGGGGGUGGGCGCAGUUAAGGGUUGUACAGAGGCAGAAGUCAGGGAUAUCAGAGGAGAUGGGGGCAGAGCCAGUUAUGCCAGCCAGAGCAGUGGAAGGGGUAGUGUGGGGCCAUAUGGACACCUACGGCAGUCUCUUUCCAUCACCCCAACCCUACUCAGCUCGCCAGAGACCACAGAGGAGAGCGACAGGUACAGGGCAGACCAAGACCUUCGAGAGAAGAGGACAAAAAGAAGAAAUACCUUAGUAGAUGAAAGUUAUGAAUGGGAUGCUGCAGAAUACUCUGUGGAUCAUGACAUCCUGGAGGCCAUGAAGAUGGAGCGGCCCCAAGCAGGUGUUGGGCGAGGAAGGGAGUUCAGGCAUGAUUGCCCCCACUCCACCGCUGGCCUCCGGGACUUCCAGAGUAAACGCCUGUACUCCAUCAGUCCUCCCCCAAUAUUCCAGCCUCCUAAGCGCUGGUACAACCAUUCCCUCAGUGAUGCCCGCUUCAAUGCUCUGCGACAGGAGUUCCAUGAGUACCGCAGGGCCCAGGAAUCCCGAGACCCCUGUAUCCCACCUGAUCCAGACGCUGAUUCCAGCUCCGCACUGCUCUGAGAGCCUUACCCUGCGCAUUCCAAGGAAGAAGAUGAUUUUAUAAGUGUAAACUUGACAAAUCCAGAGAAAGCAAAGGAUCCAGACAUGCAACCUUGAUGUAAUUUCAGAGCUGAGUGAAGGACUUUGUGAUGAAAUUGUUAAAGCGCAUUAAUGUUCCUACUGGUUUUUGUUCAUGUAGUUAUGUAUGUAUUUAUCUGUUGUCAGCAAUCACAGAUUGCACUUCUAUCUUUCCAAACUGAAAGCAAUGAGCAGCGAGGACAGUUUUCCAGAAAAUAAAAGAAACUAAAUUGAAAGUAUGACUGUUUUGAUACAGUUUUUGUAAUUUUAGUGUUCACUUUAGGUAACGGGAAGAAAAAUAACAACAUCCAAAGGUUGUUUUUAAUUUCUAAUAAUCAAAAACCAAAUCAAAACAAUAGCAUUGCAAAAGUCUGCUUUUGACAAUCAGACACUGCAGCCAAGAAAACAGAUUAUAUUUCAAACACUGAAAUGUAUUAUGUUGUUAUAUUUUACAUGUACAUGAGCGGGGCUGGACUGGACUGGGAAGAGAAAUCGGCCUGGGGGGGUGUUGUUCGAGUGUCCUUUAUGCAUAUCGCGGUGCCGUAUUGUGGUCCGUUCUGCAUAAAGCAACGGCCAUUUUAGCUUAUCGUGCCCAUUCGGGACGAUUCGUGGCCGACCCACCAGCACGCUCUGUUCUCCCAAUGGCCAUUCCACGCCUGAUCGGCCCCAAAGUGCGUCGGCCCACCGGGAAAAUGCCCGGUAUGCCAGAUUACCAGUCCAGCCCUGUGCAUGAGUAAAUGUAUAUAUCGAUAUAAUUUUGCAGUUAUGUAUGUUUACAAUGUUCAUAUUUGAGUACUGUUCAUCAUGAAUUGUCUCCGAUAUUUUCCUUUCAGUCAAGUCCCAAUUUCUGUUAUAAUUUAAAGCAAAAAAAUCAGUGGCAAUAUUGAGUUGAGAAGCCAACCAUGAACCAAACACUCCUCUCAAAUUACUUGUUUUAAUACUUAAUGUGAUAAACUCUCCCAAACAAAACCAGACAUUUUGCAGCCAGCUCUCUAAAUGUUUUAAACUUGUUUGACUUUUUUUUACAAAGAAUAUCUUUAUGUAACAUGGCUGAAACAAAAGAUGUGAUGUCUGACAUUGUAUGAACUGUAUGAAUGAUGUUUCUGACAAGACGUUUUGUUACUCAUGUCAAUGUGUUCUUAAUGUUGUAAAUAUUUAGUCAAAAAACAAAUUAGAUUCUUUUUCAGAUCGUGUACAACUGUUCAUGAAUGUUUUAAGAAAACGUUUAUCUAUCUUAUAUUUAAGAUGCUGCUGUACAUUUUUGUAAAACAUUCAGAGAUUUUUGAGAGGUGAUUUUAAAAUUUUGAAAAAAGUUUUUUAUUUGUUCUUGUAUUUGGUUUUUAUAUGUGUUGUACGACUAAAUAAAGCAUUCCACAGAA